GGAUCUUCUACACGGCAGCCAUUGUGGGCCCAGCAGCGGGCUACCUGUUGGGGGGGUACUUCCUCAACAUGUACACUGAGAUCCACCUGAAGACAGAGAUGACUCCAGAUAACCCUCUGUGGGUGGGGGCCUGGUGGAUUGGAUUCCUGGCAGGAGGAGCAGCAGCUCUGCUGGUAGCAUUCCCCAUCCUGGGCUACCCACGACAGCUUCCUGGCUCUCAGGAGUACGUGGCCAUGCGGGUUUCUGAAGCCCACCAGCUGAAGGAUGGCAGCCACACCACAGCCGCAGACCCUCAGUUUGGAAAAUCAGUCAAAGACAUGCCAAGGUCCGUGCUGCUCCUCUUAAAGAACCCCCCCUUCCUGUUCCUGUGCCUGGCCGGGGCCACGGAGGCCACCCUCAUCGCAGGCAUGUCCACCUUUGGUCCAAAGUUCCUGGAGUCUCAGUUCAACCUCAGUGCAUCAGAAGCUGCCACAUGGUUCGGAUACAUGGUGGUACCAGCAGGCGGGGGGGGCACCUUCCUGGGCGGCUACAUCGUAAAGAGAAUGAACCUGCGCUGUCGAGGCAUCAUCCGUUUCUGCAUGGUGUGUGCCAUUGUAAGUCUCCUCGCCAUCUUCAUCUUCCUCAUCCACUGCCCCAACGUGCCAAUGGCCGGUGUCACAGCACCAUACCAGUACGACCUGAUGGAGAAACACCAGCUGGACAGAGACUCGUACGACGAGCCCAGCCAGCUGCGCCUCAGGAACAGCUCUUUGGAGGAGACCUUGACGGUGGGCUGUAAUGCCGGCUGUGAUUGUGUCAGAGAGCUUUACAACCCGGUGUGUGGGGCAGACGGUGUGAUGUACUACUCCCCCUGCCACGCUGGGUGCAGCGUCGUCAACCACACCGACCGCCUCACAGGCAAACAGGUACACUCCACACACUGGAAACAG